AUGUCAACUCUGCGCCCGGUCCCCUCUCGAAGCCUGCUGCGAUUCCUACGGUACCAGUCCAAGAGGGCCUUUGCAACUCAUGGCCCAGAAGCGAUAGCCGGCCCGGUCCUGUGUCGCCGGGCUCGAUCCUCGAAUCUUGCGACACGGAGGCAGUCUAGGACGCUCACGACGACAUGCGAGCGCCGUACUGCAACAUUGGAAGCCUCAUUCCUCAACCUCGAGCCGAUCCUGCGGAGGCUCAAGAGCCAAGACCAGCAGCAGUUGACGUCAACGAGAUGCAACUUUAGUACCUCACGCAAUGUUGGCUGGUUCAAAUGGGGUCGGUCCUCGACGGGUGCUACACCAAAGUGGCAUGAGCGAUUAUGGGGGAUCACAGGCCGAAAGUGUGAAAAAUCCCUAAAGCCCGAUGAUCUUCCCAGCCAUGAUGAAUACAGCGACAGUUCGUCGAUAUUCAACAGCCGUCGAACCAUGGCCGCCAAGGCGGCGUCCGAGCCGCGACUGCGCUGCACAGAAGUGGACGAGAAUGGCAACGUGAUCCUGGUGGAUGGCGAGUUCAAGAAGACGGAGCUCAUCGCCAAGUAUGGUCUGCUGCCCCGAGACUUGCGAAAGAUCGACUCGUCGAAUCUGCCUCAUAUCCUCAUCCGUCCGUCGGCCAUCCUGCUCAACCUUCUGCACCUGAAGGUCCUCAUCAAGCAUGAUCGUGUGCUUCUCUUCGAUGUCUACGGCUCGAAAACCUCAUACCCCCAAUCGGCCUUCAUGUACGACCUGCAAGGCAAAUUACAGCAGAAGAACACACAAGGAUCGGGCUCGCUGCCCUACGAGUUCCGGGCGCUGGAAGCCGUCUUGACCUCGGUGACGUCAGAGCUCGAGGCCGACUUUGAGGCGGUGCGCGAGCCGGUCAUGCACAUUCUUAGCGAGCUCGAGGACGAUAUCGACCGGCAGAAGCUGCGUGUGCUUCUCAUUCUGUCCAAGAGAGUGAGCACCUUUGAGCAAAAGGUUAAGCUGGUCCGAGAUGCCAUCGAGGAUCUCCUCGAGGCGGAUGACGACCUUGCGGCCAUGUACUUGACUGAAAAGGCGCACGAUCUCUACAGGGGAAUGGAUGAUCACACCGAGGUUGAAAUGCUGCUUGAGUCGUAUCACAAGUUGACGGACGAAAUCGUCCAAGAGGCAGGAAGCCUCGUUUCGGGCAUUCGAAACACGGAAGACAUCGUUCGUGCCAUUCUGGAUGCUAACCGAAACGCCCUCAUGCUGCUCGAGAUCAAGUUCAGCGUUGGUACCUUGGGUCUUGCCAUGGGAACCUUCCUCGCUGGUCUCUACGGCAUGAACCUGGAGAACUUUAUCGAAGAGACACACUGGGGUUUCGGAAGCGUCACUGGAAUCUCGGUCAUCUUCUCACUCAUCGUGUGCUGGUACGGCCUGACCAAGCUGCGCCGUGUACAGCGUAUCAAGAUGAUGGAUGACGAACGACCACGGAUCCCUCGCGGCCAGGUUUACUUCCCCGAUGACCGGACUGCGCUGGGACUUCUCGAUAACAGAAACCGCGAGAUGUUGCGGCGGAUCAACAUGCAAAAGGCCACGGCGGCAAAGAAGCGGUGGUUUUAA